CUUCAUGGUGGGACCCAUAGAACUUAGUGACGUCAACACACCAGUCAGAUCAAGGGAGUCAAAAGAUCAAUGGUCCGAUACGACUCAUCUCAUCUGAAUGUGUGAAGUGCAUCUCGUGAUCCUCAUCUCGAAGGGUAUUUUAGUCAUUGUCAUGUCCUCCUCCUCCUCCUUUCUUCUCCCCCAUCAGAUAGAACAGAAAAUGAAUAUUGCUUGUUUUACGGCAAUCCAUGUCUGUCUUUGUAUGUGCCCGUCAGGUGUUCGAAGAAAUGCUUGUGUGAAGCUGGAAACCGAAUUGCUUUCCAGCUUCGGGAUUUCAAUUUUCAACUCGGGGGAACAAUACUCAGCUGCUAAUAUUUUCACAGCUAUAAACCAAACAGAAGAAAAUUCAUUUGAAAAUUCAAACAGAAUCGAGAGAAAACUGACCGUUUGAUAGAUGGCUAUCAACCCAACAACCCAUCUCGCCAAAACGCUUUUCAAAAACACCAACAACCCUUCCUUUUCAUGGCACCUCUUCAAACACUUGCUCUCGUCUCCCUCUCCAAAUCCCUCUGUCCAAUCCAUUGCUGCCAUCGCCCAAAUCCUUGCCAGGGCCAAAAUGUUCCCUGAAAUCGACCACCUCCAUGAUCUCCUCCUUUGCCUACCCCCCGAAAAAUCUCACAUUUCUCUCGUUGUCCUCACACAGACCUUAGCCAAAUCGGGUCUCUUCGAUAAAGCUCUCUCCCAAUUCCAAUCACUUCGGACCCAUUUCCCUGCUGACCGUCCCCCAGUUCGCCUAUAUAAUGUCCUUCUUGAAUCUUCUCUCAAAGAAAACCGGCCAGAAUUAGUCUCUGUGUUGUAUAAAGACAUGCUUGUUGCUGGAAUCUCGCCAGAAACCUAUACUUUCAACGUUAUGAUUGCUUCUCUAUGUGAAUCAGGCCGCCUGGAUGAUGCCCGUCAACUGUUUGACAAAAUGCCACUAAAGGGCUGCGAACCGAAUGAGUUCAGUUUUGGGAUUUUGGCUCGCGGGUAUUGUAGAGCUGGUCUUAGUUUUCGAGCUUUGGAGCUUUUGGAUGAGAUGGGAAAGUUUGGUUGUCGUCCUAAUCGGGUGAUAUAUAACACUUUGAUUUCUGGGUUCUGCAAGGAGGGUAAUACUGAUGAAGCUGAGAGAUUGGUGGUGAGGAUGAGAAAUGAUGGUCUUUUCCCAAACAUCGUUACUUUCAAUUCUAGGAUUUCUGCUCUUUGUAAGGUAGGGAAGGUUCUAGAAGCAUUUAGAAUAUUUAAAGACAUGCAGGAUGAUGAUGGGAUGGACGUACCUAGGCCUAAUCUUGUCACACUAAAUGUAAUGCUAGAUGGAUUUUGCAAGGGAGGGAUGCUUAAAGAAGCGAAGGACUUGGUUGAGUCAAUGAAAAAAGAUGGUGUUUUUACAAAGUUGGAAAGUUAUAAUAUUUGGUUAGCAGGAUUGGUGAGAAAUGGGGAGCUUCUAGAGUCUCGAUUGGUGUUGGAAGAGAUGGUUGAAAAGGAUGUUGGACCAGAUACUUACUCAUAUAAUAUUGUCAUUGAUGGACUCUGCAAGGAGGGGAUGAUUUCAGAUGCAAGAGUGGUGAUGGGUUUGAUGAGAAGUAAUGGAAUCAUACCAGAUACAGUAACUUAUACUACUCUACUCCAUGGAUGUUGUAGUAGAGGGAAGGUCUUUGAAGCCAGUAGGAUACUACACGAAAUGAUGAGUAACGGGUGUUUUCCAAACACUUUUACUUGCAAUAUCUUGUUGCAGAGUCUAUGGAAAGAAGGGAGGAUUUCAGAAGCUGAGAAAUUGUUGCAGAAGAUGAAUGAGAGAGGGUAUGGUUUAGAUAAUGUGACCUGCAACAUCGUCAUUGACGGUCUAUGUAGAAGUGGGAAAUUGGACAAAGCGAUUGAGAUUGUGGAUGGGAUGUGGCGCCAUGGUUCUGCUGCACUUGGCGAUCUUGGAAAUGCAUUUCUUGGGCUAGUCGAUAAUACCAAUAAUGGCAAGAAAUGCUCUCCUGAUUUGAUCUCCUAUUCAACUAUAAUCAACGGAUUGUGCAAGGCUGGGAGGUUGGAUGAAGCCAAGAAGAAAUUUGUGGAGAUGAUGGGGAAGAAAGUUGCGCCUGAUUCGAUCAUCUAUAACAUUUUUAUACUUGGUUUUUGUAAGCAUGGGAAGUUGUCGUCAGCUUUUCGUGUUCUUAAAGACAUGCAGAAGUAUUGUGAUCCAAGUACUAGAACUUACAAUUUGCUGAUCCAAGGGUUAGGCAGCAAACGUCAAAUAGAUGAAAUCCAUGACUUGAUGAAUGACAUGCAAAAGAGAGGGUUUCUUCCUGAUGUUUUCACUUAUAACAUUCUCAUUAAUGCGCUAUGUGAAGGAGGGAGAGGGAGAGAAGCUACUUCGUUCUUAGAUGAGAUGUUGAAAAGAGGCAUCAUUCCUAACAUUUCUUCUUUCAGCAUGCUGAUCAAGGCCUUCUGCAGGGCUAGUGAUUUUGGAGCGGCCCAUGAGGCAUUUGAAAUCGCUCUAAGUAUAUGCAACCAAAAGGGAGCACUUUAUAGCCUAAUGUUCAAUGAAUUACGAAGUGGUGGGAGAAUGGUGGAGGCUAAGGAAUUGCUUGAAGCUGUGAUAGAGAGAGGGGUUAAUGUUGAGGGAUUUUCAUACAAAUACCUGAUUGAGGACCUGUGCAAGGAUGGUAGGUUUGAGGAGGCACUCGAGACACUCAAUAAGAUGGUUGAUAAGGGUUACAAGUUUGAUCCUGCAUCCUUCAUGCCUGUGAUUGAUGAAUUGGGCAAGAGUGGGAAAAAACACGAGGCAGAUAGACUUGCGGAGAAGAUGAUGGAGAUGGCUUCUCGCCAUGACGAAUUGAAUCAUAUGGCUUCACAUCCGCAGCUUCGGACUGGUGUUGAUGCUACGGCAGAAAAGUUAAGAUAUAAGGAGAAGGAAUCAAACUGUAGGCAACCAAAGGAAGAUGAUUUGGGGAGAGGUGAUUGGCAAACAAUAUUACACAGAGAUGAUGGGAGUGGAGUAGCAAUGAGAGUUCUUAAGCGUGUACAGAAAGGUUGGGGUCAAGGAAGCAUACCAAGCUUGAAACCACAGAAAACUGACUUCUUUGAUGAUUGGGAGGAGCGUGGGUAAUCUUCAUUGUUGCUAGUUAUGUGGAUGGAAAUCUUUCUCAAUGGAAAACCCAACUCACGUGUGCAAGGAUCUUGCCUCUGAGCUUCGAACUGCAAGGGAAGAAUUGCCGUGCACUAUGUUUGGUACUCAUGCUGUCCGUUGUCUGGCCUGAUCUUCAUCUAACUUGCUCAGCUCAAGUGGAUUUUGGAGUUGGUAACUAAUGCAUCCCUUUUCUCACCGGGAUAUGUGGAAUCUUGUUGAGAGGGAAAAGUUCAAAGCAUUUGGUGUUCCGCUGAUGGUUUGACAACAUGAGCAGUACAGAUCAAAUCAUUCUCACCCUACUGCAAUCAGAUAGACCUUCUUCAUCAUCAUGGCCUUAUCCCUACUAUUUGGGGUUGACUUAUGAACCCUGUUCACUUCACUAACCAAUCAUUCCUAUCUGUGGCCCUAUCCUCAGUAGGUUUACAGAGUCCUGUGUAUUCCUUCUAAACGCCUUGAGACAAGUCCUUUGAGUUCUUCCUCUCACCCUCCUUCAACGCACCUUGAACCUAGUCAAAGUUCCUUGCCAAUCAAAUAGACCUUAAUGUCUUCAAUUCCGCCUCGUUCAGGCCACUUUGUUGGUGUUUUGUUGAGGAGCUUUUAGAAAUUUUCGGUGAUUAUAAAACUUGUACCAGUUCUCCCAAUCAACAAGGGGACAAUAUUUUGCCAUUGCUUGGGCAGCUUGGGUGCGAUCUUCUGCAUACAUGUUACUGGAUUUCUGUGUGGGCCUGCCUACAUAUACAGAGGUCUUGCAUUGCUUUGGCCUAAGGAGCAUACUGCUCUUCUAAUGAAGUUCAGAAAAUCCAGGCAUGGAGUUCAUAUCCUUCUGAAGCGUAUGAAUCUGGUCUGGGAUCUUCACGUGGCUCCCAUCUGAUGAAUGGGGUGUAUCUCCUACUCUGGCCUCUUUUUAAGGAUAAAAUGCACUUACCCGAACACGUGAUGAAUGAAAUGCUUCCUGGCAAGUACCUUCCCGACUUCAACGGCCUACAGACAAAUUGCAAUGGCAAUCAAAACAUGAAGAACAUCAAUAGACGGAGCAAUCCAGAAAAACUGAAGCAAUUAUCCUUAAAAUCAAAAUGUGCAGUGUACUGCAAACCAGACUCUCCACAUGGCUGACCCACUAUUUGAUAUGUUAUGGGUAUAAAUAUUGAUAUUUGAGCUUUUGAGUAGAGGCUGUGAAUACAAAUCUCAUGGUCUGUCCUUUAA